AUUGUGCUGUGUGGAAAAUGCGAUGAUCCGUCCGUAUACCUCAACAGCUAUUGUGCCAGUUGAUUCCGACCAUUUGAAACGUUUGCAAGCAAGCAGAUGGUUGGUGAUUUCGUUCUUUUAGUUACAUUCCGGAUGAAAAGUAUUUAUCAAUUAAAUAUUGAAAGAAAACGGUUUUCAAAUAAAUAAUUAAUUUUUCGUUGGCAUUUUGUAUCGGUGGAUCUACCUACCUGUUGUUUUUAAAAUAUAUUUACGUUUUCAAACUCCGCAUAUUUAACAACACACAAAGCCAACGAAGAUAAAAAAUAAAUAAAAAAUAACAAGACUGUUAUGGUGUAAUUCUUAUGCAAAUGUAAAUCUUGCAAGUGAAAAGAGUCGUCGAUGUAGCGAUUUAAUACAUAAGUGAUCCAUAAUUUAAUUCUAUAACACAAGUAAUAAUCGUUGUGUGUGCUAACUUUAUAUAUUAUCAUCGUACUGUAAUUACUCACUUCCGAUUAUGGCUAUGGAAUGGAUUACGGCAAUCGACAAAAGACCAUGUGAUCGGAAUUUGCGAGAUGUUGAACUAAUUUCAUGUCGUUUACGCCGAGUGGAACCUUUAUGUCGAUUAUCAGGAUCGGCGUUACAGCAACUUGCUAUGUGCGGCUUUUAUGAGGACUUGGAAAAAGGAGUUACGCUGUUUCGUGCUGGCGAACAAGGACGCUUUUGGUAUGCAGUUCUUGGUGGAUCGUUAGAAGUACGAUAUCAUGCACCUGACACCGAAGGAAAGGUCCCUGUAACGCUGUGUAAUUUAGGGGUUGGAGCCACAUUCGGCGAAAGCAUUUUACAUGACUUACCACGUGACAGUACUGUUGUUACGAAAACUACUUGUGAGCUUUUACGUGUUGAACAACAGGAUUUUCGCUUAAUCUGGGAGAAGAACAAAGAGCUUAUGAAUGACAUUAUCACGAAUUGCAAAUUGAAAAAUGGAAUUUCCCCCGCACCACCAUCACCAACAAAAAGACCACUUAGUCCAGAUCAUCCCAACCCGGCGCUACCAAUUACGGAAACACCGAGUCCGGCAAUGGGGAAAAUGGGUUGGGCUCUACGAACUUUAUUAGUUACAGAUAAUUCCAGUUGCCUAAAGGACAGAAAGGUUUCGGGAAAAUUAAUCAGAAAAUGUGCCCUCGGCACAGAGCUAGUUGAUUGGUUGUUAAAUCUAUCAGCUAUCGUCCAUACUCGUGCUCAAACGGCUGGAAUGUGGCAGGCUUUGUUGGAAGAGGGAAUCCUAUCACAUGUAAAUAAGGAGCAGCCUUUCAAAGACAAAUGCUUUUUGUAUCGCUUUAAAGUGGAUGAAGACGGAACGAGUGGGCCACCGCAAGCAGACGAUGUUAAUGCGGCUAAUGAACAUGUCAGAGAAUCAUUAAGUACAUUAUUACAUAGGGGACCAGAUGCUACAUUGCGAAUGAUUUUACGAAAACCGUCUCACGAAAGAACGCAAGAAGAACUUGAAUUGGUAUUCGAGGAACUUUUACAUAUCGCAGCUUUAUCGCAUUUAUCGACAUCAAUAAAACGAGAACUCGCAUCGAUCAUUGUAUUUGAAUCUCAUGCUCAAGCUGGUACAAUACUUUUCAACCAAGGAGACGAAGGUCGCUCGUGGUAUAUCUUGCUUAAAGGAUCUGUAGAUGUUGUUAUUCAUGGCAAAGGCACAGUUGCCACACUGAAGGAGGGAGACGAUUUCGGCAAAUUAGCUCUUAUCAACGACGCUCCAAGAGCUGCAACGAUAGUAUUAAAGGAAAAUAAUUGCCAUUUAUUGCGCGUCGAUAAGGAGCAUUUUAAUCGAAUUUUACGAGACGUUGAAGCUAAUACGCUUCGACUGCAAGAGCAUGGAAAAGAUGUGCUGGUUUUAGAACGUGUUGCCAAACAACGAGGACAUUCAGCAUUUAAGUACACCGUUAUGUCUGGUACGCCGCAGAAAAUGCUGGAACAUUUACUGGAAACACGAUUGGGUGGACAAGUGGGACCGAAUGACCCAUUUUUGGACGAUUUUCUGCUUACGCAUAUUGUGUUUAUGCCCGUUCCGAUGUUGAUUGACGAAUUAGCAAAUUUAUUUCAUAGCUAUGUCGAUAACCAAGAAUCUCAAAGUCAAGAGGAUCGUGAAUAUUUGAUAACUUGUCGGAAACGUGUUGUACAAUUUGUUCAGAAGUGGGUUAUUGCUGUGAGAAAUGCUGUGUUCGAGGAUCCAGUAGCCGUUGAUUUUAUUGAGGAGUUGGCGAGUGAAGUUGAUGCUGACCCAGAUUUGCAAGAGGAGGCUGGUAUUAUGCAUCAUGUGCUGACACAACUAUCAAGAUAUCAGGACGAUAAACAUCUCCAUUCGGAAAACCAGAAAUGGAAGCUGCCUCCAAAUGGCCAGCCAAUAUGUUUGUUUAGUGGAAAUCUAACUCAAAGCCGAAUUAUAAUUCGUCCAGACGAUGACAUCAUUUUUCGAGUCUACUGUGCAGAUCACACUUAUUGUACAUUGCGAUUUCCCAUGUGCACAACAGCUGAAGUAAUAAAAACAUGUGCGGCCGAUAAGUUACAAUUAAAUCGAGCCACAGAAGAUCUACUGCUCGUUGAAAUUAAAUCGAAUGGCGAACGAACCGUUUUCAAAGAUUACGAUGUCAGCGUACCUACAGCUUUGUGCUUAAACGGCCGGAUAUUCGUUUCACCAAAGGACCACAUAGACGCUUUGACACCACUACCGGAACAGGAGGGUGCCACAGAUGGUAUUGAUAUGGACUUGGAAGGACUAAGUACCAAAGAAGUAGCAUAUCAUAUUACACUGUUCGACUGGGAUCUCUUUUGGGCUGUUCAUGAAUACGAAUUAUUGUAUCAUACAUUUGGCAGACAUCAUUUCGGAAAGAUAACAGCCAAUUUAGACGUUUUUAUACGACGCUUUAAUGAAAUACAAUAUUGGAUCGUUACGGAAAUCGUUUCAACGCAAAGUUUGAGCAAACGGGUAUCGUUGCUCAGGAAAUUUAUUAAAUUAGCUGCUUAUUGCAAGGAAUACCAAAAUCUCAAUGCAUUUUUUGCUGUGGUAAUGGGAUUAGCAAAUCAAGCGUGCUCACGGUUACAACAGUCGUGGGAUAAAUUACCAUCGAAAUUUCGAAAAUUAUUUGCUGAGUUCGAGGCAUUGAUUGAUCCGAGUAGAAACCACAGAGCGUAUAGAGUAUUCGUUGGAAAACUGCAGCCCCCCGUAAUUCCCUUUAUGCCGCUGCUGCUCAAAGACAUGACGUUUGCACAUGAAGGGAACAAAACUAGUCUGGAUGGGCUCGUUAACUUUGAAAAGAUGCAUAUGAUGGCCCAGACAAUGCGAACUAUUCGAUUCUGUCGAUCUAGGCACUUAGUAUUAGAUCCACCGUCACCGAAAAGUGAAGGAGAAGUUCGUUCGUACAUCAGUUGCUUACGUGUGAUAGACAACCAAAGAGUUCUGACGUCAAUGUCGCAAAAAUUGGAAGCUAGUAGACGUCAGUAAGUAAACUAACUUUCAAUGAGUUUUUAGGACAAUUUUCGUUGAGUUCUAUAAAAAUUAGAUUUUUCUGAAAUGAAUUUAUGAAUUGAAAGUAAUAUGUUAUUUCGAUAGAUUGUAGCCGCUGAAUGGCUUUGAGAAAUAAUUCAUUGCCUUGAAUUCUAAUAAUGUAGAAAAGAAAAAUUGAUUUUAUUAUUUAUUUAAAACAAAACAAAAACUUAAUAAAAGAAUGCGUGAAUGAUUAUCAAUAAAGUAUCUAAUAGAAAGUUUAAAAAAAGUGAAUUUUAGAUUAUAUCGUUAUAGUUCGUAGGAGCAAAAGUGCAAGUUUGCAAAAUAUAUAAUUAAAGAAAAAAAAAUUAAAACAAACGAAGUCUUAUGAGUAAACUAUAAAUGUUAGAGAACAAUGAUAACAAAUUAAAAAUCAAACUUUUUAGAUUUUUCUUUCUUAUAACAUAUUCAAAAAUAAAAACAAAAUAAUGAAAAUUACAAAGCUUGGAGUAAAAUCAAAUGAAAAUAAUAUUAAAAGUUCCAUAUCGUUCCCCCCACCCCACUGUAAAAGAGUCAUAGUCAUAUAACAUGGAAUUUUGCGCUAGAAUGACAUUCUAUAUCAUAACUACAAACAGAUUAAAAGCGUUUCGUCAUUUACAUUGCUUUCACUUAUUUAUAGAUAUCCCAUCAAGGAAAGGAUUCAGUCUACCUGCAUGGAAACCUAAUGUAACGAAUUACGUAACAUUCACUUGUAAUUUAUACAUUGCUGUUACGUUUGUAUAAUCCACGGUACAUUAUGUCAUAAGAACUAUCAAAUCCUCGUAUCUGAUAUUCAAGGAAAUAUAAUAGAUCUAAAAGCUUUAGCCCGAGGUAAGUCCUUGAGAAGGUAGAUUGAAUUACAGUCCAUGCUCUAACAUUUCACGUUCAAUUUCGUAUCUCAAUUCAGUUAGCAGUACAAAAUUAAUUUAAUGGUUUUUAAAGUGCGUGGCACCUUUCUACAUCUUCUAUGACAACCUUGUCAAACCGAAAUUUUCUUUUCCACAUUUCACCUUACCUUUUUCGCAUUUCAUUUUAAAUCCUUGAAAAUAACAUUUCAAACUCUCAAUCAAUUGAUUUGACAGACAAAAAACCGUAGAAAAGCUGACUUAUGCUGUACUCACCGUCGCUUCUCUUUCGAACUUUGAUUUUUCAUGUCUGCCGCAGCCAUAAAUUGAAAACUUUCUCCUUUGUAUUUUCAACUUAUUAUUCGCAUAAUUAGGAAGAACAUUUUAAUUUCAGAAGUUUCAUCCACACUUUAACACUGGUUAUUAAACACAAUGUCAAGGAGACUUGUGUGGUAUAACAAGAAAACUAAGAUCGAUAUAGCCAUUGUUGACUGUUGAGAAAAAAACCCGCUUCGGAUGAGUACCGAGUAAUUAGCGACAAAGUGAGAUUUGCAUUUUCUUUUUUUAUUUUCCAGUUAUUUUUUACAAUACAACAAGAAAUAAUGAAGCUCCCAGACGGAUACAGAAUGAAAAUUCGCAGACGAGUGUGUCAAAACUUAAUUAUAAACUUUGUCUGUUCGAUCUAAUAUUUUGUUGUUGGUUCACAUGUUUACAAAAAAGAUUUGUGUACACUCGGAGAACAUUACACUGAAAAAUGCAAAACUUGAUUGUACAUCUCGGUGUACAACAAGUUCUCUUUCACCUUUAGAAAAUAAUGUCACACAACCAGCUAACUAACUCCAAAAUAUUCUAAAGAAAUCGACGUGGCUUUUAUUAUGGAAAUUUUUGCAUUUGUGUCGUCAACAAUGCAUUUGCAUAUUGUGUAAAGAAAACCAAUCAUUGCAAUGCAAUUGAAAAAGAAAAACUCUUUGAAUAAAUGAUUGUAACGGUUAACGUUGACAUUCAAUACUCUUUUUGUAAUCAAUGUCGCUGGUGUCGACGAUGUUAUAAGGACUUUUGUAUUGUUUUUCCUAGGGUCGAAAGUGGCCUAUUACAAUCCUAGAGAUGAAACGAAAUUCACAUUAAGCUCAGGAGCAUGUAUAUCUAUUACAUAACUCGGGAUAAAGAAAAGUAUUGGUUUUGUGUGUUUAUUGACAAAAUACUCAUCAAAAAUCUGCUUUUCAGCAGUUUGUUGCUUGUUAUGUAAAAGAUUAUUUUAUUCUUCAUUACAUUAAGAUUGAUCAGCAUCAGAGUCUGGCUGUUCAAAUAUUUACAUGCAUUAUUGAAUGUAAUAGAUGGAGUGUAAGAAAUUUCCAUUUGAAAUUACAUUUUCUGUAAUUAUUUAAAUAUGAAAAUUAAAUAUCGCACUCCAUGCAUGGAUGCAUGAAAGUGUAAAGAGAAACUUCUCAACUAGUAGGAUGAGACCUUGCCAAUUUCAACACGCUUACAGUCAAACAUAAAUAAUGCAUUAGUCAAUUGACACCACAUAACACUUCGCAAAACUACUGUGUUUUUGUCUUGAAAAACUUAAAUCAUAAAAUUUGAUACGAAUGAGGUAGCAGAUGUAUAUUCUGAUUUUCUUUUUGUUGUUGGAAGAUUUUAAACUACGUGUAACAUUCACUUGUUAGUUUCAACAAAGAAAUGUUUAAGCGACCCUCUUAAAUAUCACAAGAGAUAAAAAAAAGAGAAAGCGUACACAAAAUGACUUUAAACUUUUCCAUUAUGUUUCCCAUUUUCCCUCACUAUACAAAGGAUACAAGCUGCUUUGAGAAAGCAGUCGCUUUUAUAUGAAUGACGGGUUUUAAUUCUAAAGGAAAUUUAUCACAAAAAAAUGAAAACAAAAGAAAAAAACAAUCCGGUUUAAUGUUAACGAAACUCUUCCGUUCCUUCCUACGGCAGCAGAAUCGUUCUAUGCACUUAAGGUAAACGACAAAAGAAACACAAAAUCAAAUUAUUAUUAUGACAUGACAUACACAAACAUUUUCAUUGAAGAAAAAAAUGGUGGAUAAUGGAAAUAUUAAAAUUUUAUUUUUCCCGAUAAAACCAGCGCAAUAAUUAAUCAUAAAUUCUCUGUAUCAGAAAAGACAAACCGGAAAUAAAUGAUUUUAUAGCCUGAGCAAGCACUUUAUAUCAGUCAACAGUUGAUUAACGAUAAAAUAAAUCCAACAAGCUUUUGAAACGUUAUUUUCUUUUGCCACCUUAAUUGCAUGGUGUACAUUAGCUGGGUUUGAUAUCCUGCUGCUGUAAUAUAAAGCUUAUUUUCUAUGUCCUAAAGUGUUUGUUAUUCGACGACAAGAGCUACCUCUAGGUUAAACAAUUAACAAUAAGCCAUGCUACUAAUUAGAAUCUGAAAACGUUUGACGCAUACAAUCGCAUCCUAUGCCCAGGUUCGCAUAGCAAAGGUAAAACACAUGAAAAAAAUUAACAACAAUCUAAGAUGAUACCUUUCACGUGUUAUCGACAUGAAUGACAAAUGUAUGUUAAUAGAAAUGAAGGAGAAGAUUUUGUACAAAGUCAUUGGCGACUAUUUUGAAAAGAUAGAUUGUCAUUUUAAGAUAAAAUUGUUGUCUUUUGGAAAUUAAUCCGAACAUUAAAUAGAGUUAAACCUCACAAAAUCAUUACAAUUCACGCUGAGACGUAGACGCCCCAUAGAACGCCCAUUUGUAAUUAGCCUUUCUGAACAAUCGUUCGAUCUAUAUUUGUUGCGAACAAUGCCUAGCUGUUUAGAAACAUUGAACAAUGCAACAUACAGUGUUAAUUGUGUAGGUCUCGCUAAAUUUUGCAGAAUUUUGAGUCUUUGUACGCAAGUUUUCGUUCAAAUUUCCUCAUAUAUCGUGUCGGAGUCUCGUUCUAAGCAUUCCAUCUUUUAAUGUACAAAAGAAAAACUCUGUUUCAAUUUCUGUUCAUACAUUUUGCAUUAUUCAAAUUUUCACUUAACAUUUUAAUAUUCUGUAGGAAAGAAGAGCAUAAAAUCCAGAUCCAUUAUGUAAAUUUUUUUUUAUUUAAAAUUUUAUUGGUCCCACAAAGUUCAUUACAAUUCUCUAUUUAACAAAAAUAUGAUAUAGACUGUCGGUAUAGGCAGCAAAUUCUGUUGGUGUAUACAAAGCCCAGUGUCUCUCAGUAGUACAAUAAAAAUAAAAAAUGUAAAUUCGUAAAUUCCUUUAUAAAAAAAAUAUUUUGGGGUAAAAAUGAGUACGAACAUAAUAAUGUCUUAAACAUAAUAAAGCAAUAAAAGUUUAUAAAAUACAAUAUUGCAAGUUGACAUAAUAGACACACGAACAGAAAUUAGAUACAUUUAUCGAAUGUACCAAAUUGAACAAUUCAAAUUCAAAGAAGAUAAUUUCUAAUUCUGUGUGUGUAAUAUACCUAGAAUAUCCAUGUCGAAAUGUUGUAAAAUCCUUUAGUUUACAAUAAAUCAAAUUGAGUAUAAGAUAUUAAAAAUAAUUGCAAACAAAUCUAUUUUAAAAUAAACUAAAAUAAAUGUGAUUUUGAAUGACAAUCCCGCGUACAUAGUGGUUUAAAUACUAUAAAACAUUUAUAUAUACUAAAAAAGUAAAAACCUCCUACAAAUUAGUCUGGUUUAAUUAAUUGUUAUAUGAAACUUCAACAAAAAGCUCUGUUAUUCCACUAAAUUAUUUAAUUAAGAAAUUUAAUUUAAAGUGAAAGAUUCGUUGAAAUGAGCAUGUUUUUAGCUGAAAUUACUUCAACUGGUUCACAAACACUAAAUAAAUCUUUGUACUGUAAAUAGUCAAAACAUAAGCUUCACGGCUUCAACGUAACAAUUUGUGCGCCGUCUCUUUGGAUUAUUUCGUAUACUUGGAGUUUUUGUUUGUGAACCAACUGGAAUUCUGAUGGAGAAAGAAACUGCAUAUAUUCCAACUAAUUCUGUAAAAUUAAAUUGAAAAAUGUUUCGUUGCAAGUGUUUUAUAAAAUUGAAUAAAAGUUGAAUUAACAGUUAAUUUUCAUUAGAUUGUGUAAACUAUUAGACAUCAGAUAAAUGUUGAAUCUAAUAAAAUAAAAUUUAAUAAAAAUUCGAUUCUUACCUACAAAGAAAUUAUCAGUGGGUCAUGAAGAACCAAUACUUCGUGUUAUUAAUUUUUGUAUAAUUGAAGUUUUAAACCGAGCAUUAUUCAUUCAGUAAUUUAGAAGUGGGACGAAUUCAAGCCUAAAUGUGUAGUGGAGCAACAUUAAAAUUGCCAACGAUUGGUUAAACAUUUGAUGAGUUGACCCCAAAGAAAUCUCGCUGUAUUCUGAAAUAUUAUUUUAAUCUCAUUGGGAUAUUCUUCCU